AUGUCUGCAUCACCAAACCAAUACUACAAGGUCGGGGUGCUGCUAUUUCCAGGCGCAGAUAUCCUCGACUUUGCCGGUCCAAUCGAGGUUCUCUCUCAUGUCUCGCACAACCGCAAUCCAGACAACCCGGACCGCAUGUUCGAUAUCACGACCAUCGCUCGAACCAAGGUGAAUCGUGCUGCGAGCGCUCUUACAGUGCACGCGGAUAUUCUUCUCCCCCAAGCUCUCGAGAAAGUCUCAGAAUUUGACAUCCUGAUUGUUCCGGGCGGACCGCCUUCAAUCCUGCAGCCACUGCUCGGUGACAACGUACCGGAGCUGGAUUUGAUCCGCGCAUUUGCAGCGCUUCCGCAGAGCCCAAAAGGCACCCGAAUUGUGUUUUCAGUCUGCACUGGGGCCUUUUUACUGGGCGCCGCCGGUGUGAUUGCCGGAAUGACUGUUACCACCCAUCACAAGGGACUUGAUCAGCUCCGAGAGAUCUGCACUCGGUCAAAUGGUGCAGCUGCCGAGACAAACGUGGUGCAUCAGCGAUAUCUUGACGGUGGUUUUUUGAGUGGUGGUAAUGUUAGACUCAUUACGUCCGGUGGAAUAAGCUCUGGCUUGGAUGCCACAUGCUACAUUGUUCGGGACUUGACCACGGCUGAAAUGGCUGGUUUUGUAGCUCGAGUCAUGGAGUAUGAUUGGUGCGAUGCUGGUGAUGAGCUGCUAUCGUAG